CCUCCCCGGCCCUUCCCCCUCCUCCGUCCCCCGCCCGGCGCCCGCGCCAUGCCAGCCCCGGGCUCCGACCUGCAGCGCCCGCCGUCGCCGUCGCCGUCGCCGCCCGCCGCGCAGAAACCGGGCUCCGAGCCGCAGCCGCCACCUCACGGGGAACUGCAGUACCUGGGGCAGAUCGAACAUAUCCUGCGCUGCGGGGUCCGGAAGGAUGACCGCACCGGCACGGGCACGCUCUCAGUGUUCGGCAUGCAGGCGCGCUACAGCCUGAGAGAUGAAUUUCCUCUGCUGACAACCAAACGUGUAUUCUGGAAGGGUGUUUUGGAGGAGUUGCUGUGGUUUAUCAAGGGAUCUACAAACGCCAAGGAACUGUCUUCCAAGGGAGUGAAAAUCUGGGAUGCCAAUGGGUCUCGAGACUUCUUGGACAGCCUGGGAUUCUCCAACAGAGAAGAAGGGGAUUUAGGCCCAGUUUAUGGCUUUCAGUGGAGGCAUUUUGGGGCAGAAUACAAAGAUAAGGAUUCAGAUUAUUCAGGUCAAGGAGUAGACCAACUGCAAAAGGUGAUUGACACAAUCAAAACCAACCCUGACGACAGAAGAAUCAUCCUGUGUGGCUGGAAUCCAAAAGAUCUUCCUCUGAUGGCCCUCCCUCCGUGCCAUGCCCUCUGCCAGUUCUACGUGGUGAACGGCGAGCUGUCCUGUCAGCUGUACCAGAGGUCGGGGGACAUGGGCCUGGGUGUGCCCUUCAACAUCGCCAGCUACGCUCUGCUCACCUACAUGAUCGCGCACAUCACAGGCCUGAAGCCAGGUGACUUCAUACAUACUUUGGGAGAUGCACAUAUUUACCUGAAUCACAUUGAGCCGCUGAAAAUGCAGCUUCAGCGAGAACCAAGACCUUUCCCGAAGCUCAAAAUCCUUCGAAAAGUUGAGACAAUUGAUGACUUCAAGGCUGAAGACUUUCAGAUUGAGGGGUACAGUCCUCACCCGACUAUUAAAAUGGAAAUGGCUGUUUAAAGUGCUUUUAAAGGAGGUAUUUGAAGGAUAUUCCGCCUGUAGGGGUUGGACUGAGUGCCCAGGUGAAAGCUCCUUUGCCCUAGAGGAAGAGGGAACUAGGUCAAAAAUCUCUUGGCGACCAGCAGUUAUUAUUAAUUUGUAAGGAUGUUGCCACUGGCAAACAUAACCUUGCCUAUUCUCUUAGUAACAAAA